UUGGCUAGCAAUACAACCCUCUUACCCCUACAGAAAAGGAGUUUCUAUUACAACACAAUGUCUUUGGAAGAUUUAAAGAAAAUUGCAUGUGAGGCAAUAGACAAGGCUGCGAAGGAGCUUAAUACACUAAGUCAAGAAAUAUGGAAAAAUCCGGAGCUGAACUUUGAAGAGCACCACGCACACAAGGUCCUGACAGAGUAUCUGACAAAGACAGGGUUUAAUGUUGAACCUAAAUAUAAGCUUGAUACUGCUUUUAGAGCUAUCCAUGGGUCUGAUGGAGAAGGACCCCAUGUUGCAGUGUUGUGUGAAUAUGAUGCCCUCCCAGAGAUAGGCCAUGCCUGUGGACAUAACCUAUUAGCUAUCCAUGGGUCUGAUGGAGAAGGACCCCAUGUUGCAGUGUUGUGUGAAUAUGAUGCCCUCCCAGUGAUAGGCCAUGCCUGUGGACAUAAUCUGAUUGCAGAAGUUGGAAUUGCUGCAGGAAUUGGAAUUAAAGCUGCAAUGGAGGCCUCAGGGAAAAAUAUUGGAAAGUUAACUGUGUUAGGCACACCAGCAGAGGAAGGUGGUGGAGGCAAAGUUGACCUCAUCAAGGCUGAGGUCUUCAAAGACUUUGACAUUGCAAUGAUGUGUCACCCAUGUCCAUUCACAUACAAGACUCUGCCUGGCCUCUUAGCUGUAACCUUUAUUCAAGCCAAUUUCCAUGGCAAAGCGAGUCAUGCAGCAGGUUUUCCCUGGGAGGGCAAGAAUGCUUUGGAUGCGGCAGUCAUGGCAUACCAGAGUAUAUCUUGUAUGAGGCAACAAUUCAAACCCUCAUGGAGGGUACAUGGGAUCAUUACCAAAGGUGGGGUGAAGCCCAAUAUUAUCCCAGAUGAGACUGAACUGCUCUAUUAUCUGAGGGCUCCCACAGACAAGGAGGUGGCAGAAAUCAAAGCUAAAACAAUAGAUAUAUUUGAGUCAGCUGCAAAAAUGACAGGAUGUACAGUUGACAUCACUUACCCUGGGAAGCCAUACUCCAACCUGAUUACAAAUGAUACACUUGCAACAACAUUUGAGGAGAAUGCCAAGUCUAUAGGGGUUGAAUUUGAAGCUGAUGCUGAGAAGGCAACAGCUGGGGGGUCUACAGACAUGGGGAAUGUCUCGUAUGUUGUACCAAGUAUUCACCCGGUCUUUUAUAUAGGAACUGAUGCACCAAACCAUUCAAUUGGUUUUACAGCUGCUGCAGGGGAUGCCAAGGCACAGCCUUACACGCUAGACCAAGGUAAAGCUCUAGCAAUGACAGCUCUAGAUGUGUUUCUCACCCCUGGAGUACUGGAACAAGCCAGGAAAGACUUUCAGAAGGAUACAGCCUAG